AUGGAGACUUCCACCGUGGUUUUUUUUGCCACCAUUGUGGCCGGCUUUCUCAUUUUGCGAUGGCUCAUCUCGCCCAUUCCCGAUCCGCUCGAGGAAGCAGCAGCUGCUCAUGCAACUCAACGCGAUGGACGCAGACCAACGCCUUCCACUCGGUCUAGACGUCCGGUCACCGACAGCAUGAUAGACGUGGUUCAGGCAAUUGCGCCGCAGCUCACGCGGGGCCAGAUCCGCAUGGACUUGGAGCGGUCGGGACUGGUGGAGGUGACGAUUGACCGGUUUAUGGAGGAGGGUACAUUGCCAAUGCCAGAAAAUCAAAACGAUGAAGAAACUGAAGGAAAUGGACAAGGUAACCAAGGUAACCAAGCCCAAAGCAACCAAGCCCAAAGCAAUCAAAGCGAAGGAGGAAGCGGUAUCAAACCAGCAAACUUGAUUGAGCGGUACGGAUUGGAGUCGAAAAUCGACCAGGAUGUGUCGAAUGCUGCGAUCAACUCGGCCACUAAUCAGGACAAAAUCGACUUGCUUAGUAGCAGACGCGAAGAAAUGAUCUUGAAUGCACGGAAACGGUUGGCGGCGCAAUUGAGCAACGAGAUUGAUGCCAAUCCAUUGAUGUAA